GCCUUCCUUGUAGUCCUUUAAAAUAGUUCAUUCUACUGUCCCUAUGUGCGCAUGUAGACCAUACUUGCUAUUAUCGCCGCCACCACCAGUAACGUCAUCCAUUGACCACUGUCGAUCUCCCUUAGACGAACAACAAGAUGCAAGCAUCAGGGGUUCAGCCUGGCGCGUCGUUUGGUGGCGCGACUGGAUCGAGUGCAGUGCCGACAGAUCCAUCUAACGGCACAAUGGCUGGCGCAUCCAUACCAGCACCAGGAACUGAUCAACAGCUAGCUGCCGUGCCUCCUGGUGGCGCUCUUCAACCGAUUGUGCAAUUGGAGGAGAGACAAAAUCGAACUGAAUCUAGCAUGAGCAGGAUGCAUGAGCAAGUGAUGUUUCUAGCCCAUAAGAUGGAUCGGCAUGAUUUCCAACUGGGGACUUUGACUGCGCAGACCAAUAAUCAGGUAUUGAAUAAUUUGAAACUACUACUGACUGGCGGUCGUAGCAUGCUCCUUGUUCAUGUUCAUCGUGUGUCGUUGUUGUGGAGAAAUCGCAAGCGCAUGUUGAGUUUGACUACCUACAAGUAGAAAAUCUGAAAGUAUUAACUCCACCCAAAUGAUAUUCCACAACAAUCAUCACCUCAUCAACCUCACCUCAGCGUGCCCAGCCGAUCAUCAUCCAGAACCACGCUAGCAGUAAUGUGGAGAACACUGCACCCCCAGCCCAGCCCUCUGGCGAUCCAGCCUUGACUGGACUGACGCUCUUUCUGGACAACAUGCUAUCCGACAUGCGUAGUUGGUGGAGAUCACCGUUGAAUCGGUUCUGCGUCUACUGUGCAGGAGGGCUAGGAAUGUACCUGCUGCAACAGCGCAUGCAACACUCGUGGCGAUUGGCGGAAAUACAAAGACGAAUCGAUGCCAAUAUCAUGCUCAAAAUGUCCCAGUGGCUGUCGAAAAAUAUGGACUAAGAUCAUCUUCUGGAAUAGUGAAGACAGACUGAGACUAUGUGCAUGAUCUUGCUGUUGAGCAUCAACUUCAACAAGAUAUUGACGCAAUUACAUGUCAGAGCAAUUUUUUGAUUUUCCUUCCUUCUGCAUGGCCGCCAUACAUUGGAGGUGGCAUUUGAUGCACAGAAGAACAAGAUGAAGUGCACUUGGCCACGCAACUUUCUUCACAUUGUAUCUCUACUUCUUCUUGUUGACGCAGAUAUUAAGAGGACUAGCUGAUCACAUGACGGACACGACGAUCCGAACACUGUCGGAUGAGCCUCUCUGUCCUCUGUACCAAAAGGGAAAGAAGUAGACUAAAAGUGUGUAC